AUAACAUGCGGUGCUGCCGAAGAAGUCAACUGAAGCCGGACCGCAGCGAAGUGACACGAACGAACACGGUCUGGAAGUCAUUCCGCUUUUGAGAUCCGCCGCUGGCGGUCACUUUUUCUUCUUUAUCGUUCCGGAUGUUCACUAACUUCACUUAUUCAUUGUUCGGGACUUUCGCGCCAUUUUUUCAUAUAAUUUUUUACUCAUUUUUGAAUUGUCCCCAAAUAGUUAUCGUAAUUUUUUUAAAGUGCAAUUUUAAACCGUUCAGUUUCUCAGUGGGCUGUCGCGUUAAUUCUUGCCGUGUUUGCAGCCUUGAAUAGUGGGUCAGUUUUUUUUUAAUAUUCGGGAUCUGGCAUGCCAGGCUGUACCGUAAGUUAUCCUGCCAUGCCUUCCUCCCUUUAUCCCCAGCUGCCACAACUUGGUUCUCCACUGAGCAAGUCAGAACGCGAAUCUGGUCAGCUUAUUAAUGCUGUCAAGAACUACGAUGAACGGGAAUUGGAUUCCUUGUUGCGCCGGGGUUUCAAUCCGAACAGCCAGUCUGCUGACGGGGAAACAGCUCUACACAUCGCAGCUAAACAGGAUAACGCGCAUGUUCUCGUUGAACUGUUGUUGAGCCGAGGCGCGAAUCCAAACAUCCGGACGUUAUCACGGAAUUUCACGCCGGUCCAUUAUGCGUGUUUGCACGAUCAGGCCGCCAAUUUGCGCGUUCUUCUCAGUUAUGACGGUGACAUGUAUCUCAAGUCAAGCGAUGGUUUGACGGCCAUGGGAUAUGCCCAGUAUAUGCGUCCCAACGUGCUGGCCGUGCUUCGGGAGCAUAUUAAUCGCGGGCGUCCUUCUGCUGUGGAUCGCUCAGCUAGUGCAGCAGAAUAUCAUUCAUGCUUGGAUUCUCCGUUACCGUACGCAAGGGUUCCUGAUGAAGAAUACGAAGUGUACGCGGCACGGGAAGGGACAUCCCGCAGCCGCAGUAAACAGCGGUCGCGCAACAUGCAGCGCAAAUCCUCUUCAUCCCGUUCCACUUCGCGCUCCCUUAGUCGAUCGCUACCGGACACUUGUUCCGACAGCAGCGAUAGUGACGACGAAGGCUUCUCUCGACGUCGUCGCCGUGUUGCGUUCCGCUCUCCUAACCAAAGAUUCUGGACGUCGGCCGAGGAUAUCUGUGCUUCCGUCGAAAAGCUGUCCGUUUCCGGUGACGCGCAAGUGCCGCGUCAGGCUCGCUCAUCGGAACACUUGCGCAUCCAAACGGAAGCUAUAAUCCAUCCCGAACCGAAGCCCACCCGUCGUUCCCUCCCGGAUAUCGCUCUGGAUACUCCCACUUCGCCGGACGUCACUCUGGAUGAGUUGGUAGAAUUGGGUAAACUCGCUGACAAAGAAUUGCGGCAAGAAUUAAAAAAGUACGGCUUCCAACCCGGGCCCAUCCAGGACUCGUCCACCCGCAUUGCCUAUAUGAAAAAAUUGGUGCUUCUGAAGCGCGACGCCGAUCUGAACCUGGCGGUGUCGUUGUCCAAGUACUCGCUGGAAGAGUUUGGUGAAGAAAUGUCAGCGGUAAUCCAUGGGAGUUAUCACAAGGAGCGCAUGCGAGAAUUGGAACAUAUUUUCUUGGAAUCGUUUCCCCGGGAGGGUGGUGUCGGGCGGAUGGGCGUGUUUCAGUAUGGGAACUAUUUACUGUUGGAUCCGCAGAUCACGCGCAAUCUGCCGUAUCAGGUGGCCGAGUCCAGCCGGCCCAAUUUGGACCUGUGUUUCCGGUUGUUUUUGCGGGGUGUGUUUUACAUUGGCAAAAUGAAAAGUUUGGAACGGCCGAAAGAACAUCUGCGGUUGGCUAAAAGGCAGAUUGACCAGCGCGGAAAUAGACUGGAUACGGAAAAGCUCUGCCGUAUCCGUUCAAUUUGGAACAACAGCUACGGCGUCGUUAUGCUGAAUUGCUUCCCGUUCAUAUCUGAAAAGGAGGCGUUGACGCGGGAGGCAUUGAUGAUUGAGGCUCUCGGUUUGAACAAGUUGACCAAUGAACGAGGUGGUAAUCUGCACGGGCCUGUCAAACACUGGUCAACCCAUGAACGCCGUUUGUUAGGCAGCUACUUCUUGAGAAAUGCCUUUGAGGUUCUGCUGGAGAAAGGAGAGCGUCAGACAUUUCGGGAUGAAGUCUGAAGACGCCUCCAUAUAUGGGUCCAAUACCGGCGUUGUAUAGAGUAAAAUGUUCUCAGCGUUUCCAAGCUCAUAGUUUGAGACCAAAUUUCAUAAUACUUUUUGCUUUUAUUUCGUUUUUACAUAAACUCUCGUCGUCGUCUUUUCAGUGUCAGAUUUUGAUUGUAUAUAGUUUGUGCCUGGAAAGUAUCGUUCGCGCUUGGCCAGAUUGUUGCAUGGCCAGUUUUAUUGCAAGCCUUCUUUUUAUGAGUUUUAAAUGAGUUAGCGCUUCUGUUUUGUGGCACAAAUAGUUAUGGAUUUGGAUGUCUUAUUGCUUUUAGCGUGAAUGUACAAUAUUUUAUGUAGCGCAUGUAUAAUGAGUGCUUUAUCGAUGUGAAUCGUGAAAUUUAGAAGAAACAACUACGAUCUUCCUUAACUUCCUUCAGCUUUU